AUGGAGAAACGUCGAUACUUGGAAGAUAGAGGAUUCACUUACGAAUCGAUCUGGGAAUGCGAGUUUGUAAAGGAAUUAAAGGAGAACGAAGAGAUGAGAGAGUACAUCAAGGCGCUCGAUCUCGUUCCACCGUUAGAGCCAAAGGACGCUUUCUAUGGUGGACGUACCGAAGGUUUCAAGCUGCUUGAGACAUCCGAAGAGGACAAGAAAAUCCAGUACUACGACUUUACUUCGUUGUAUCCUUACAUCAACAAGACUGGAAAGGUACCCUUGGGACAUCCGAAGAUCAUCAAGAAAAAGUUCAAAAGUUUAGACAAGUACGAAGGUCUGAUCAAGUGUAAGAUUUUGCCACCGGACAACCUUUUCAUUCCGGUGCUCCCGAUGAAAGUCAAUGACAAACUCGUGUUCGGUCUGUGUCGUACGUGCUGCGAAACGUAUCAACAAGAAACGUGCACACACGACGACAACGCAAGAGCAUUGACUGGAACUUGGGUGACGGACGAAGUCAAAGUGGCUGUGGAGAAUGGCUAUAAGCUGCUGAAGAUCUACGAAGUCUGGCACUUCGAUCGCAUCUCUCAAUACGAUCCGACGACAAAGACAAAAGGAGUGUUCACCGAUUACAUCAACACGUAUCUGAAGCUGAAACAAGAAGCCAGCGGUUGGCCAGAUCACUGUAACACGUACGAAGAGAAAAUGAAAUACAUUCGGGAGUAUGAAGAGAAGGAAGGCGUCACUCUUGAUUAUGACAACAUCAAGAAGAAUCCCGGACUACGAUCUUUAGCCAAACUAAUGUUGAAUUCCUUCUGGGGCAAGUUUGGCCAACGAUCAAACCUCACUCAGUCGAUGUAUGUAACAAAGCCAGACACGUACAACGACAUGAUCAAGACACGCAAGCAACACGUCGAAGACAUUCAUUACGUAAACAAAGAAACGGUUCAUGUCGAUUGGAUUUACGGUGACAACUUCAUCGAGAACACUUCUCAAACAAAUGUUGUGAUCGCAGCGUACACCACAGCUCAAGCUCGACUGAAACUGUUCGAAACACUCAAACAACUUGACAGACGGGUAAUCUACUGCGAUACGGAUUCCUGUGUGUUUGUGACAAGACCUGGCGAAUGGGAACCACCACUUGGAGAUUUUCUCGGCGAAUUCAAAGACGAAGUGGCUGGGAACAAAAUCACUAGCUUUGUUACCGCUGGACCUAAGAGUUAUGCCUAUGCAUUAGCACAUCCCGACAAGGACGAAAACAAGUCAAUCUGCAAGAUCAAAGGACUGGCGCACAAUUUCAAAACCUCACUACAGGUCAACUACGACACGCUGUUUGCUAUGAUCACUGGUAAUCGAGCUGAAAAGAUUACGGUAAUGGAUCCAUGUGGUGUUCGCAGGAAUCCUGCCAAGAGUGAAAUAACAAAGAGGAAUCUGAGUAAGACGUUUCAGUUUCUUUUCGACAAGAGAGUUAUUGUCAAUGAAUUUGAAACAGUUCCGUAUGGAUACAAGCAAUUGAAAUGA